AUUACCGGCGGGUUCACGGGAUCAAAACACACACGGUGUGAUGGUCAAAAACAAUUUGUGACAGGGACAUUUUAGUAAUUUUGGGUAUCCUAUUAGGGCUUUCCUUUCUCCUCUUCCCCCAUUCUGAGUUCUCACGUCCCAACGCGGCUUUGGUGAGGCUCUGAAGGGGCACGAACCUCUGCUCCGACGCUGCUCCUAUGCUCUGAAGCAUCCAGCCAGCCAAGGCUCUUCGGCAUUGGUGCCUGUGGAUUUGAAUGAAAAUUGUGCUGAAGCAAAGGGCAAUGUGCAAAAUGGAGAAUGGACACAAGCAGAGUCCAACCUCCGACACUCCCAGAUACUACAAGGGGAUCUGCAUACAUUAGGGAUGAAAAUUAAGCAGCAUGAGGACAACCUAAAUCUUCUGAACAAUGAAAAAAGCAAGUUAGACGAUGUCAUUCUUCAUUUGCAAGCUACUGUUGAGAGAUCAGAGUCUUCAAGUACAACCAAGGCUGGUAAUGCGGACGAUCCCCACUUUACAACUGAGGAGGUAAAUAAAACGAUAUUGCUGCAUGAAAAAUCUGCUGCUGGUAUUUUGUACCAGCUAAAGACUAUUCAUCGAGCCCAAGUGUCUCAGCUUUCAUUAACAAAGGAUGUUGUGGGUAUUGUUGCUAUGCUGGGCAAAGUUGAGGAUGACAAUCUUAGCCGACUUUUCUCGGAGUAUCUAGGAGCGGACACUAUGCGAGCGGUUGUUUGUAGAACCUAUGAAGGAGUUAAAGCUCUUGAAAUGUCUGACAAUGAAGGCUGCAUAAAUAAAAGUUCUGGUCUUCACGGGCUAGGUGCUUCUAUUGGAAGGCCUUUGGAUGGUCGAUUUCUAGUGAUAUGUCUUGAAUCUCUGAGGCCUUAUACUGGCAAAUAUUUCCUUGAUGACUCCGAACGGAAGUUGGACAUUUUAAAGCCGAGAUUACCCAAUGGGGAGUGUCCACCUGGAUUUCUGGGGUUUGCUGUCAAUAUGAUUAAUAUCGACAGCUGUAACCUAUUUUGUGUAACUCCCAGUGGCUAUGGCCUCAGAGAAACUCUGUUUUAUAAUCUCUUUUCUCGUCUACAAGUUUAUAAGACAAGAGCUGAAAUGAUACAAGCACUUCCUCUCAUAAGUGACGGUGCUCUUUCUUUAGAUGGAGGAAUGGUUAGGAGUUGCGGUGUAUUUACCUUGGGCAAUAGGGUAGAUGUUGAUGUGAAAUUUCCAAGGCCAGAUAAAUCAACUGAGCUUGAUGGUGAGAUCGAAGCGGAGAGGCAAAUGAAGGAUAUCAAAUGGAAGAAGGAAAAGGUUCUGGAGGAUUUGAAAAGGGAACGGACUCUGUUGGACAUGGCGAAAUUCAAUUUCAGUAAAAAGAAGAAUGAUUUUCUCAAGUUUUUGGCGGAAAGUUCAUCAUAUGCAACUCAGGCUCAAACUACUUCUGACAGAUUCAUACCUAGAUGAAGAAAUCAAGGCAGUCAGCAAAGCUAUGAAGAUGAUAGUCUGUGACUAACAACUCUGUUCAUGAGCUUGUAGUUCAUAUCCAUUUUGUAAUCUGGGUCUCGUUGGGGAAAGGUUUCUUGAAUUGGUACAAAAUUUUUGGAUUUAAAAAAAAGCACAUUUUUUGUUUCGCUAGACCCUUCUGUUAAGGCCACAUUUUUCUUCAAGCUCUGCUGAUAAGAAAAUCAAACUAGCCUUCAAGACCAUGGAUAGGACAUGCAUUUUCUGGGUUCCUUGUACAUCAAUGAGCUCAUUAUACUCUUCAGAGAAUCUGAAUGUUGUACAUCUAUGAUAUUUAGACUUUUUUU